UUUGGGUCUAGUUGCUCAGCAUUGCAAAUGCCUGCCCUCUAGGCCCAACAGCAUGCCAAACCGCUUCCAUAAACAUAAUGGUCGGAGGCCUUUGCCCUUGUCGUCUUGCAAGACAAAUUUUUGGCCAGCACAAAUCAGCAACGCAAAUUUUCGGGGAGGGGG